AUGGCACCAAUCCAGCUUGCCAGUCGAACUGGAGGCGCCGCGAGGCGGCUCCUGGCGCGCACGCGACCAUGCCUCUCCGCGUCCUCAUGUCUGCCAGUCCGGAGGACCUUUGCGACGGCACAAGACGUUGACCAGCUUGACGCCGAGAUGCGCAAGCUCCUGCCCAAGUCGAUCAAGCCCGACACCUACCGAAGGCUCCACGACAACCUCCUCAAGGUCCGCCACGUCCUCGGAGGACAGCAGCGCCUUACCCUCGCCGAGAAGAUCCUCUACAGCCAUCUCGACAACGCCGAGGAGUCGCUCCUCACCAACACCGAAAAUGGACGCAACAUCCGCGGUAGCGCCAACCUGAAGCUCAACCCGGACCGAGUCAACAUGCAGGACGCCUCUGCGCAGAUGGCCCUGCUGCAAUUCAUGUCCUGCAACCUUGCCCAGCCCGCCAUUCCUGCCAGUAUCCACUGCGACCACUUGAUUGUGGGCUCCAAGGGCGCUGACAGCGAUCUUGUCGACGGUAUCCAAGUAAACAAGGAGGUUUUCGACUUUCUCGAGUCGGCCGGACGCAAGUAUGGCAUGGACUUCUGGCCUCCUGGUGCGGGUAUUAUCCACCAGACGGUGCUUGAGGUCUACGCUCUGCCGGGCAUCAUGAUGCUGGGUACGGACUCUCACAGCCCUAACGCUGGCGGUCUGUCUACCAUCACCAUUGGUGUCGGCGGUGCUGAUGCUGUUGAGGCUUUGGUCGGCGCUCCUUGGGAACUGAAGGCCCCCCGCGUGCUGGGUGUUAAGCUGACUGGCAAGCUUAACGACUGGGUCUCUCCCAAGGACGUCAUUCUCAACCUCGCCGGCAAGCUUACCGUACGUGGUGGAACUGGUUUCAUUGUUGAGUACUUCGGCGAGGGUGUCGAGACUCUCAGCGCUACCGGCAUGGCGACUAUUUGCAACAUGGGCGCCGAAGUCGGCGCUACGACGUCCAUCUUCCCCUACACCAAGGCCUCGGAACGCUACCUGCUCCAAACCCGCAGAGAAGCCCAGCACCGCGCUCUUGAGGGCUACAAGAACUGGGGAAGCUUCAACUUCAGAGCCGACGAGGGCGCCGAGUACGACCAAGUCAUCGAGAUCAACCUGUCGGAGCUGGAGCCCCACAUUAACGGUCCCUUCACCCCCGAUUUGGCCACCCCCCUGUCCCAGUUCAAGAGCACCAUUCAGCAAGAGCAAUGGCCCGAGGUCCUGUCUGCCGGUCUCAUUGGCAGCUGCACCAACAGCUCCUACGAGGACAUGACCAAGGUCGAGAGCAUGGUCAAGCAGGCCGAAGCCGCCGGCUUGAAGCCCAAGGCCCCUUUCUACAUCACGCCUGGCAGCGAGCAGAUCCGCGCCACCCUCGAGCGUGACGGCACCCUCCAGACUCUGGAGGGCGCUGGUGGUAUCGUUCUUUCCAACGCCUGCGGCCCCUGCAUCGGCCAGUGGAAGCGUCAAGACGACAUCCCCAAGGGCGAGCUCAACGCCAUCCUGACGUCCUACAACCGCAACUUCCGCGGCCGUAACGACGGCAACCCUGGCACCAUGAACUUCCUCGCCUCCCCUGAGAUCGUCACCGCCAUGGCCUACGCCGGAUCAACCACCUUCAACCCCAUGACCGACAAGCUCCAGACGACCGACGGCAAGGAGUUCCAAUUCAACCCUCCCCGCGGUCUCGAGAACCCCAAGUCCCCCUUCGAGUCCGGCGUCGCCUCCCUCCAGGCCAUCUCACCCGAGAAGCCCAACCCAGAGAUUAAGGUCGCCAUCUCCCCGACCUCUGAGCGUCUCGCCUUCCUCGAGCCCUUCCCCCCCUUCCCCGAGGGCGACAUCACCGGCCUCAAGGUCCUCGUCAAGGUCACCGGAAAGUGCACCACGGACACGAUCUCCGCCGCUGGCCCCUGGCUCAAGUACAAGGGCCACCUGCCCAACAUCAGCACAAACACCCUCAACACCGCCGUCAACAAGGAAACGGGCGAGGUCAACGCCGCCUACGACGUCGACGGCUCCAAGCACACCAUUCCCGAGCUCGCCCAGCGCUGGAAGGAGCGCGGCCAGGAGUGGCUCGUCGUCGCCGAGCACAACUACGGCGAGGGCAGCGCGCGCGAGCACGCCGCUCUGCAGCCCCGCUACCUCGGCGCCCGCGUCGUCCUCACCAAGUCGUUCGCCCGCAUCCACGAGACCAACCUCAAGAAGCAGGGCGUCGUGCCCCUGACGUUUGAGAACGAGGCCGACUACGACAAGAUCGCCGCCUGCGACGAGGUCAGCACCGUCGGCCUCUACGAGAUGCUCCAGAACGGCGGCAAGGGCAAGGUCCAGCUGCUCAUCAAGAAGAAGGACGGCUCCGAGGUGCUCGUCCCCACGCUGCACGCCGUCACCAAGGACCAGGCCGGCUUCAUCCUCGCGGGCAGCGCGUUGAGCAUGCUCGCUAAGCGCAACCAGGCUUAG